AUGGUGAAUUACUAUGAGGUUCUGGGAGUACAAAGAACUGCAUCGGCAGAUAACAUUAAAAAGGCAUACCGACAGUUGGCCUUAAAGGUGCAUCCUGAUAAAAAUCCAGGAAACAGGGAAGCAGCAGAGAAGAAAUUCAUAGAAAUUUCUAAAGCUUAUGAGGUCUUAUCUGAUGCUAAAAAGAGGGACGCCUAUGAUCGAUCCAGCAAAGGGAAUACAAGUGAAAAAGAAAGGCGUGGAGGCAGACGUAGUGGUGGAUAUGGAGACAAGGGGCGCGAAAAAUGGCAUGUUGACCCUGAACUCAGUUUCCACAGGUCACACCUGGAUGGCCCCAAACGGAUGGACUCUUUUUCACUCAAUAUCUUUGAUGAUUUGCUUGAUGACAUUUGCAGUGUCAGACAAAGGCUCCCUGGAAGCAGAAGCCACAGCAGCUUUUCCGUCUCUAUCAAGGGGGUGUCUCCUAUUCCAGGAACCGGAUUCACUUCCUUUGGUUCUGAGAUUACUGGGGCCUGUUCCUGCUCUUCCAGUGCAUCUCUAAGCAGCGGCAAGAAAGGCAGGUUCAAGUCCAUCAUAACAACCAGCAAGUUCAUGAAUGGCAAAAAGGUCACUAUGAAGAGAAUUAUGGUGAAUGGCAAAGAAAGCAUCGAAACGGAGGAAGAGCCGAUUUGUCACUGAUGUGCCCCCAGCUGUUGUUGGAAAUUGAUGGUAAAUCUUUACUGUUGAUGACAAGGAACGACGUGCUGACUGGACUUUCAUUGAAAC